GAAAAGAGCAGCAUUGUGGGAGAUUUUCGUAUUAAAGUGUGCAGGGAGCUGCAGACAGAAAUGAGCAAACUGAUAUGAAAUAAUGAUGUUUUUAUCACUAAUAGCAGUUGCAUUUAGAGCAGAUAGUCGUAGCUGCACUUUGGGAAUGUUCCCAUAAUGUUUUAAAGGCAACACACGGAUGUAUUUAUUUAUUUAAACAGUGUUUCUGAUGCACAGCUAGUUAGCAUCGGCUAGUUGCACUAAUUAAAUGACGUUUUUUUUUAACUGACCUCGCGUGUUAAGAAGCUGUAUUUUUGGGAGUUCGUUUACUUGUGGACGGAGCUUGGAGCAGUCCCCAGCCCCUGUGUGUAUGUUUAUCUGAAGGCUAAAGGCUCAGGGUUUGAUUGACUGCAGCAUCUCUCUGAUCAUGGAGCUGUCGGCUGAGAACAAAGCGAGGACGUUCUGGUCCCAGGUGAAUGUGGACUUGGCUUUCGAGGAGUUGUUGGAGUUUCUGCUGUGUCUGAAAGAAGCUAUUAAAACCAAAACAGCCACGGAUAAAGGCUACAUUCAAGGCAUGAACAUUAUUUUGGAGUCGGAGGUGACACUGACUGCAGCUUUGAAGACUGAGACCAUUGAGGAGGUGCUGAUCGGUGAAGACAUCCUGACAGUGUCUGUAUCAGACUCGCACUGCACUAUACUGAAAAUGAAGCAUCUGCCUGUCUCGGAAGACGUCUUAAAUGACGAUGCAUCAGGGAAUCCAGAGUCGGCUUCAGACAACAGUCAGAUGUCUUCCUCAGGCAGGAACGACGCCAUGCUAUCAGGGAAGUUAGAAACCUACGACUAUAUGAUGCUGCUCUCGCCAUCCAGUUUUUUUUCUGACGACCAGUUGGGCCCCGUGUCGCCUGUUCAACUGUCCUAUCAGCAACACAACUGCAGCCCUGCCUGCCUCCCCAACCUCCCAUCUCACUCUGACCAGUUCCUCGGCCACAACCCCUUGCGAGUGCCUUUUCUCUGCCACUUCCAGCGUCAGUGUGCCAAGCCGCUCACCUUUUCACCACAAGAGGUGUUGGACUCAGACGUGCUCUAUAAAGCUCCGUGUGGGCGGAGCUUGUGCUGCAUGGAUGACGUGUAUCAGUUCCUACAGCAGACUAAAAGCCUUGGGGUCCUGCAGCAGACCCACUUCAGCUUCAAUCCUCAGGUACUGCCAGAGCGGCAGGCUCAGCCGAGGCCGCUUGCUCCCGCUUCACCUCUUCCCACAACCAGUAUUUUUGAGAGGGACAUUAGCCGCGGGACGGAGGCUGUCCCGGUUACUCUGUGUAAUGACUUGGAUGGUGUACGGCCAAAAGAAUUCCGCUAUCGCAAGGAUCGCUGGCCUCAUGGCUGUUUUUUAAGCAAGGCGCCGUUUUUCCUGACCUGCUGUGACUGCGACAACGGAUGCACGGACAGUUCCAGCUGUUCAUGUCUUCAGCUGUCUCUAAAGGCCGGCGCACAGACAGACCAGCUUUACAGUCACCACCAGCUACACGAGCCUGUGUCCACAGGGCUCUACGAGUGCGGUCCGUGGUGCGGGUGCCGGAAAAGCAGCUGUCAGAAUCGCGUGGUCCAGCAUGGACUUCGCGUCCGCCUGCAGGUGUUUCGCACCAAUGAAAAAGGAUGGGGUGUGCGGUGCCGUGAUGACCUCGACCAGGGCACCUUUGUCUGUACUUACGCAGGCGUCAUCCUCAGACUCGGGCGCAGCAUCGAGGAGCCCCUUCUCUCUAAAAACCUGAAGGAGCAGCAGAUGUCGGACGAUGAGGUGGAGGUGGUGGAGGAGUGGACGCUUCCCUCAGGGCAGAAGAAAACAGUCAGUGAGACACUGGACAAGUCUCCACCUCUUUAUGUUCCUGUGAUUCAGAGGCCGUCAGACCAGCCCUCUGCACUGCUGGACGGACAGAGGGAGCAGCUGGAGCACUCAGAUAACACAGAUAAAUUAAACACUUGCUCAUCACCUAAUCCUGACCACACAGAGGGGCACAAUGAAGAGGUGGUGAGGAAGAGACUUAGGUUGGACGACACGGAAAACUUUGGGAAGGAAAGGAAGCCAAACAUUGCCCGAGAUCAAAUAGUGCCUAAGGCAGGAGGGAAACCCGACUGUCUGGAGAAAAUGUAUUAUAUCGAUGCUUCGAAAAAAGGAAACGUGGCACGGUUUUUUAAUCACAGCUGCAAUCCCAACCUCUUUGUCCAGAAUGUUUUCGUUGAUACCCACGAUCCCAAAUUCCCAGUAAUUGCUUUCUUUACAUGCAAGCCAAUCAGGGCAGGGACUGAGCUGACCUGGAAUUAUUCCUAUAAAACAGGAAGUGAUCCCAAGCAUGAGGUACCAUGUCUGUGUGGUUCAAAUGACUGCCAAGCAGUUAUCAUCUGAUCACGUGACCAUAUAUACUGUGUGUUUGUGUGGACCAGAAUGCAGAAUUGUAUACAAUGAAGUAGAAAUCGCUGUCUCGAGUUCUCAGUGAUGUGUACAGUUACAAAGAGUGAUUCCACUGGAUUGAAAUAAAGCUACUAUUUUUUU